AUGGCCCCAACCAUUCGGACGUUGGAUCUCAACAACACCUCCAAAGCCUACUUUGCACCAGCAACGAUAGCUUCGGCCAGCAAGCUCAUUCAUGUCGCCGGCCAACCUGGGUCUACCGUAGACGGCCACGUACCCGACGACUACGAGUCUCAGAUCCACCUAGCACUCUUCAACCUGCGCAAGAUCAUCCUGGUUGCAGGUGCAUCCGUCAAGGACAUCGCCAAGCUUACACUAAACAUCGUCGACUACGGCAGCACAAGCCGGAAGCAUGUACGCCAUAUUCAACGUUUCCUCGGUGGUCAUCGACCAGCCAUGACUCUCGUGCCGGUGCCCAUGCUGGCGAUGCCCUCCUGGAAAUUCGAGAUCGAUGCUGUGAUCGCGGUCCCGGAAGCCAUAACACCGGUGCCUCGUCAAGUACUCCCAGACACUACCGAAUCAGUCGACGUUGUCAUCAUCGGUGCCGGUCUUGCUGGUCUGGCUGCUGCUCGCGAAGUCAUCAAAGGCGGCCUUUCUUGUAUCCUGCUCGAGGCGCGCGAUCGGGUCGGCGGUAAGACUUGGAGUGAGCCGCUACAGCAGGGCCAGCCUGGCGUUGUCGACCUCGGCGCGGCAUGGAUCAAUGACACCAACCAACACAGGAUGUAUGUUUUGGCCAAGGAGUUUGAUGCCGAGUUGAUCGAGCAGAACACCGAUGGCAACGUUGUCAUGCAGGGAUUCGACGGAAAGUGUUCCCCGUUUCCGUACGGAGAACUUCCUCUCUUCGAUGAAGCUACCCGCCAUAGGCUGGGUGCCAUCCGUGACAUGGUCGAAGCCGAUUGCCAAGUCGUUGAUGCAUGGAAGCCAAAGAACACAGGCCUCGAUAGUCUCACAUUCGACGCAUACUUGCGAUCCCGUGGUGCCGACGACAUAGCCCUAGCUACGGCCAACGUAUGGACCCGCGCUAUGCUCGGCCAAGAAGCGACGGACAUCUCGGCCCUUUACUUCCUCAACUACUGCAAGUCCGGCGGUGGUCUGCUCCAAAUGCGUUCCGAUCGCAAGGGCGGCGGCCAGCACCUUCGUGUCCGCCAGGGCACCCAGUUCUUCUCCAAGGGGCUGGCUUCCUCGCUGCCCGAAGGAACCAUCCGCCUCAACCAACCUGUCAGGGCCGUGGUAUCUGAUGGUAACCAGGGGGUGAAGGUGCAAACCGACGCAGGCGUUCUGGCGGCACGCAAGGUCAUCACUACUGUUCCGGGCCCUGUGCUGAAGACGAUUGCUUUCGAGCCCCCAUUGCCUCUACCCAAGCAGGCCUGGAUUCAAUCUCUUACAUACGGAUACUACACCAAGGCAAUGAUGGAGUUUACCACGCCGUUCUGGGUUGAACGUGGUUUCUGCGGCCUUGCGCAGUCCUUCGUAGGCCCUGCAAGUGUCAUCCGCGAUACCAGCAUACCGGUGGACGGCAAGUACGUACUCACUUGCUUCAUGGCGGGAGAGGCUGGUAAGGCCUGGUCGGCGUUGGGUAAGACCGAUAGGGAGAAUAAGCUGCUCGAUCAGCUGGCACAACUGUUCGGAUUCGAGGGAGUUUACAGCCAGUUCGUCCGGUUGGCAACCUAUGAGUGGGUGAAAGAUGAGUGGUCUGGCUGGGGUUGCCCUUGCGCGGCACUGGCGCCUGGUGUUCUUGACACUCUUGGUGGUGACAGCCUCCGACAACCUUGUGGCAGUUUGCACUUUGCCGGAACAGAGACUGCGGGGGAGUGGAAGGGUUACAUGGAGGGCGCGGUCCGGAGUGGUGAGCGCGCAGCAGCGGAGGUCUUGGAAGCAUUAUCAAGCACAGCUGGAGUAUCACGGCUGUAA